UGCCCCACCACCACAGAAAGCACCGAGUUAGGCUGAAAAACCUGCAUGUUGGAGCUGCCUUAUUCAAGAAAGCAAAAAAAAACGACUUUAUUAACUCCAUGAUUUUAUUUUUGUACAUUGUUUGACAACGGAUAUGUAUUAAUGCCAAAAUAACACUCAAAACAGCCAACAAAAACAUGGUGGGAUCAAAACAGGUGGGGCUCUGCCCUACCUGUCCUGAAUGACGGGUUGCCACUGCACUACACAGAUGAAAGGGAAAACCUUUAACAUUUGGUUGCACUUCAGAGUUAUGAAAUCUAUCCCAGAAACUGUAACACAGCGGGCGCCAUUUUGGCUCAGGAAACAACUCUGCAGGAGGAUGUGCACUCACUAACGAGUCCCUACCGCACGCAGUUUCCUUCAUCUUUCACGUCAUUCGUCGGCUUGUGAUACACAGCAAUGGCCACUUCUUUGGUUGUGCAGAGGUUAGCAGGAGUGUCGGGGGCGCUCGCUGUCGCAGCGGGGGCAUACGGAGCGCAUGGUUUCAAAAACAAAGAUCCAGAAGACUACUCGAGAGUGCUUUAUGAGACGGCCAACAAGUACCACUUCUACCACAGCAUAGCUCUGCUGGGUGCCUCUCGCUGUAGGAAACCUGCUGUGGCGGGCACCCUCCUGGUAUUGGGCACAGGGGCGUUCUGUGGGUCCUUGUACCACCAGGCCCUGACGGAGGACCCUGUGCUGAGGAAAUUGGCUCCUUAUGGGGGCAUGUUCCUGAUCGCUGGCUGGCUGGCGAUAGCUAUCUGACCUGACCAUUAACCUCGGGCCCUUGAACCUUUGACCCCUACUGGUGCAGGAUGACCUUGCUAUGGGACACAAACUGACUGUUAAGUUCAGAGGACAGAGAAGUGGAAAUGUCAUGAUAGGUGGAUGGAGGGAAGGAGCGUUGGUAAAAUGUCACUUAUCUAAACCCUCCUAUUUUUCUGUGGGUGUUAAAGGGAAGAUAAGGUUGUGAGGGAACAGUUUUUAAUCUUCCGUCAUCACAGGCUGCCACGUACCCUGUGACUUAAAUUUGUGUUUGUGUGCUUGAGUUCGUGUCGAUCCAAAAUACGAAUGUACAUUUAUCCUUUAUCACAAAUAAACAUGUUGAAAAGA